AUGGCUUCAUGCUUUAUACGAAAUUUUACAUACUCAGAUCUUGGCUCAUCAUUAUGGGGAAUGACUUUGAUACUCGCAUCAACAAAUCUCCUCAUUGCAAGAAUUGCUGCUGGUUGUUUAAUUGUUGCUCUAUUUGUGGUGCUCUGUAUUGCUAAAAACUGGACACUUCGUGGACUUUGUAUCGGAUUCAUCAUUUUCCUUGCUUUAAUUUGGGUUCUGCAAGAAAUGACAACAGUCUGUAUUCUCCGUUACGUUAUUCUCUUUAUAGGUGUGAUGAACAGCUUGUUUUCAGUAUAUGAUAUCUAUGAUGAUUUAAUAUCUCGAAGAGUCAACUCCAGUGAUGCUGAGAAGUUUGCUGAAAUUUGUCCUUGUUGCAAUGGAGUUGGAUGGGGAGUCAUAUGGGGAAUGGUAUCAUUUACAUUUCUUUGUGGAUCAAUGUAUUUGGGACUUGCCAUCUUAUCAUGAGGAUUAGAGUCUUGGGUCCAAACUCAUCUUGGGGUUGCAGAGAACUCAUAUAUCUGUGUUUCAUUCCAAAUUUUGUAGCCUGAUUCAAUUGAUACUAAAAAAUAUUUAUGCCUUCAUUCUUUUAACCCUUUUUAUUGAGGGUUACAUGUGAUUAUUUUCAUAAUUUUUUAUAGGAGCUUUUUAUUUUACUCAUAUAUAUCUAUUCUUGUAGAGGCUGGAGAGUGAUUUAAACAAUUGACAUGAACUGCUUAAUCCAAUGUGUAUUCAUAUA